AUGUCUGAUAAUCCCUCGUCACCGUUGUUGCGACCCAGUGACUCCUCACGACCCACCUCCAACCACUCUCACCAGUCUGGGGAACCCCUUGAGAAUACCCCUCUAUUAUCACAAAUAGACAACUCUCCAAGAUACGAUGGAGAAUCAAACCACGAAUCAAGCAGACGCCCAUCGCCUGCGACCAGAUCACUACGCACGAUUCAGAAUGGCGGGACAUCUAUCAGGUCAACGAAGGGCGAUCGCAGGUGGCCGACUUUCUUUGCCAUCGUCACUCUGGGCUUGGUAGCAGUGGCCAUCAUACUCGGUGCCUUCUUUGCUCCUGCCGUGGUGCAAGAAUACGCCAAAGAAGCGCUUGUCAUUGAGCCUACGAAUCUCUCGAUAGACUCGUUUACGGCUAGCGGGGUUAGAGCCCGUGUACAGGCCAACUUCCGUAUGGAUGCGUCGAGGGUUGGGAACAAGAAUGUCAGGAACAUCGGACGCUUCGGUACUUGGGUGGCUCGUAAAGUCGAGAGCGAGUCUUCAAAAGUCGAAGUCUACCUUCCCGAAUACGGCAAUAUCCUUAUUGGCACAGCGGCUGUACCACCUGUCGUUGUUGAUAUUCGGAACGGGCAUGUCACUGCUAUCGAUUUCCUCGCUGAUUUAGAGCCUGGAAAUAUCGAGGGGAUCCGACAGGUUGCAAAUGAUUGGCUUGAGGGUCGUUUGGGAGAAAUCAGAGUGUUGGGUAAAGCCAACGUUGGUUUGAAGUCUGGAAUCUUUCCUCUGGGAACCCAGUCCAUCUCGGAGUCGCUGGUAUUUGAAGGCAACGAUCUUCCAGCUAUUCCUCAGUAUAACAUUACCCGCCUGAACUUCCGGGAAAUACCUAUUUCUACCAGUGGUCGUCGCGGCAUGGCUGCGGAUGUCUCACUUGCUCUGGCAAAUACCUACCCUAUCAAGCUUACGAUUCCACCGCUUGGGUUUGAUAUUCUUGUUGAAAGCUGCAGCGCCGAUGACAAUUACAUCAAACUUGCUGAUGCUACAACCGGCACCAUCGACGUUGAGCCAUACUCCGAUGUUAAGGUUGGUGUCGGCGGAAUUGUUCGAGAGAUCCCAAAGACUCUUCUACAGGCAUGCCCUCAUUCCCGUGACUCACCGCUAGACCUUUUACUUGGAAAAUACAUUCAUGGCAACGACACCACGAUCUUCGUACGAGGAUCAAGUUCACCGGAUGCCGAUACACCUGAAUGGAUCACCAAGAUCAUCUCCAGUGUUACGGUCCCAGUACCAUUCCCUGGCCAUAGCUUCGACAACCUGAUCAAGGAUUUUUCUCUUACAGACACGGAAUUUUUCCUCCCAGAUUCCUCAGCAAAGCCUGGAUCCGAUGAAGCAGAUCCGCAGAUCUCAGGCACUAUCGUCGUGACCGCCGGAUUGCCCAAGGAGAUGAACUUCGGAAUCAAUGUCACGCGUGUACGAGCCAAUGCCGAUGUGUUCUACAAGGGUAAGAAGCUCGGUGUCCUGAACCUGCACAAAUGGCAAAAGGCACAAUCAGAGAGAAUAGAGCCAAAGGAUGGAGAGGAUGCUGCGUUACGGAUCGAAUCUCGAAUCGAGCAUGCACCAUUGAAUGUCACCGACGACGAUGUCUUGACAGAUAUUCUAAUGUCGCUCUUCAUCGGCAGUCGAAUCACGCUCAAGGUGGUAGCACUCGUCGAUGUUGAAGUUUCCACUGUGUUAGGGGAGUUUGUUAUCAAGAAGCUCCCUGCAGAGGGAGUCGUUCCUGUGAAACCGAUCUCUAGGGGUGGCAAUUUAAAACGCUUCAUGCCUCAGGUCGGUAAUUUGAAGGUUUUAAGCACCAGCAGGACUUCUCUGAACCUUGAAGCACGAGUAAACUUCACAAACCCUACGGAAUAUAGCGCACAGAUACCUUAUUUCAACAUUCACAUACUUAACAAUGGCUCCAUUAUUGGGGACGCUACAGCAAACGACAUCACUGUUGAACCCGGUAAUAACACCAAUAUUCUCGUCCAAGCGACCUGGGACCCAACUAGAUUUGGCGGCAAGAAAGCAGCAAAUAUUGGGCGGGAACUACUCUCGCAGUACAUUUCUGGAUUCAACACAACCUUGACAUUCCAAACUCAUAAAGACUCCAUCCCACACCAGCCAGACCUCGGCGAGGCACUCAGUCACUUCCACAUAGAGAUACCUACUCCAAGACUUUCAACCAAUGGCCCGGACAGCGACAAACCGCAUUUCAUAGAUGACGCCACUUUCCAUUUACUGUCUUCCACUGCAACAUUCACACUCAUUUCACCACUUCAAUACAGCACCAUCUUCAUCGAAAACAUAAAUGCUACUGCUUUCUACAACCACACAGAGCCAGUGGGCCAAAUUCUCUACGAUCUCCCCUUCAAGGUACCUCCUGGAUCUAGCGAAUCGCCUAAACUCCCUGUUGAUUGGUCAUUUGAUUCUGUUGGAUAUGAGGCAUUAAAAAAUGCGCUUGGAGGGACAUUGAAACUAGAUGCGAAGGGAACGGUGCAGAUUAAGCUUGGGCAAUGGAAGGAAACAGUAUGGUAUGCAGGGUCUGGGAUUGGUGCUAGUGUCAGGUUUUGA